GCGUCAAAGGGCGGCUCCGGGGAUGCGGGGACUGCGGUAGAGCGGGUCGGGACCGCCGCCCACCGGGUCCCUGUCGCUGCUGAUCUCUAGGACGACCGCUGCCACCCACCUUUGUCCCCCACCAGGACAACUACCUCAAGCCACCGGAGACCCCUGAUCACCUCCCGAGCUACCGGCGACCCGUGACCACCGUCGCCAGCCACCGGGCGCCCAGGGCGCACCAUGAAGUCGGCCAGCUCUCGCGGGGGCGGGUCUGGUGGCCGCGGAGGCUGGGGCGGGGGCUGGGGCGGAGGCCGCUGCGGGGGCUCGGGGAAGGGAGGCGACGGCGGGGGUAAGGGCGGCUUCGGGGCGCGGACGCGCGGCUUCGGCGGCCGGGGUCGGGGGCGCGGCGGCGGGGACAGCAGGGACCGCGGCGGCAGCGGGCAGCGGCGCGGCGGCGUGGCCAAGAGCAGGAACCGCCGCAGGAAGGGCGUCAUCGCGGUGUCGGUGGAGCCGCACCGGCACGAGGGCGUGUUCAUCUACCGCGGGGCGGAGGAUGCGCUGGUCACGCUCAACAUGGUGCCCGGCUUUUCGGUGUACGGCGAGAAGCGCGUCACGGUGACCGAGAACGGCGUGAAGCAGGAGUACCGCACGUGGAACCCCUUCCGCUCCAAGCUGGCCGCGGCCAUCCUGGGCGGGGUCGACCAGAUCCACAUCAAGCCCAAGUCCAAGGUGCUGUACCUGGGCGCCGCCUCGGGGACCACCGUCUCCCACGUCUCCGACAUCAUCGGCCCCGAUGGCCUGGUCUACGCGGUCGAGUUCUCCCACCGCGCCGGCCGCGAUCUCGUCAACGUGGCCAAGACGAGAACCAACAUCAUCCCGGUGCUGGAGGACGCCCGGCACCCGCUCAAGUACCGCAUGCUCAUCGGCAUGGUGGACGUGAUCUUCGCAGACGUGGCCCAGCCAGACCAGUCGCGCAUCGUGGCUCUGAACGCCCACACGUUCCUGCGCAACGGGGGCCACUUUCUCAUUUCCAUCAAAGCCAACUGCAUAGACUCCACCGCGUCUGCAGAGGCUGUGUUUGCUUCUGAGGUGAGGAAGUUGCAGCAGGAGAACCUGAAGCCUCAAGAGCAGCUGACCCUGGAGCCUUAUGAGAGGGACCAUGCUGUGGUCGUCGGGGUCUACCGGCCCCUUCCCAAGAGCAGCAGCAAGUAGCAGCCAGAGCAAGCUUUGCCUACUGUCUCCCCUGGACUGUUGUGUGGGGUGUUCUUACGUAUAUGUUUUUUUUUGUGUGUGUGUUUUGUUGUUUUUCUAUUAAACAGGAUAAAGAAACAGUACCCAGUACCCUUUAGUGAGGCCAGACAGUUUGCUAAGAUAGCAAUCAAUCUCCCAGCCCCAGGGGCCUGAAACAGCUGUGUUUCAUAGCUUGGGAAUGGUGCUUAUUCUUCUCACCCUGUGACUCUCCAGGGCCCUGUUUUCACAAAUGCAUCUUCCAAUUACAGGGGCAGGAGAAAGGGAGCCUGGAAAUUAAUAAGCUUUUAAAGUUCCCCUUGGAAAUGAUGGGAGUGUUUCUGUUCAUAUUGGCCAAGUCCCAUUACCAAGCCUGACUCCAGAGAAGGAUAUUGGAUAGUGACACAUUCUGUCUGACUCAAAGCCAGAAUCCCAGGCACACUUGCUUUUUAGUAUUUUAUUCUUCAACUGAGUCCUUUUGCAUUCACUGUUACAUUUAAGCAUCACAAGAGCCCUAAGACGACUUUGUUUACCAUUUCCAUAGUACACGGGGAACAACGGGUUUCUGGAGGUAAACCAGUCGUCCAGAUCUGCACAGCCAGCAAGAAGGUAGAACUGUGGGGUUCCAAAUCCACUGCUAUUUCCUCAACACCUGCAGAUUCUUUCCUCCAUGGCAUGGUGCACAUUGGGACACACACACAGGAGGGCGCUGGGCCUCAUUGUCCCCCCUACCCCACCCCAACUUCACUGGGCAAUUCCUUUCCAUGGUUUCACGGUAGCUACACAAGGCAGGAGGCAGGAUGUGGGGCAGGACAUAAGAUACCCAAAGUGACAUCAUCAAGGGCUUGCAAAACAGCCAGGAAGACCCCCAGAGAGUAUCCAUCUCCAAAGGACACAGAGAUUCUGUGAUUGGAUUUUUGGCUCUCAAAACAAGCCCAGAGGAGCAGAAGAAUAAGCCAGGAGAGCCAACAGUGCCCCAAAGCCUGGCUCAUCCCCCACCCAUUCACCCCAAAUCCCCAUAGCCAGUUGCCAAGGUCAUCAGCAUUUAAUCAUGGCUAGCCAGGGCAUUACUUGGGGGUGGGUUUGCCUUCCCAAGAUGUGCUGGGGCCAAGGUUAUGGGGAGUCUGUUUUUUCCCAGGGCAUACUUCCCAAGGGUGAGGGAUACCAAAAAAAAAAAAAAAAAGAGGAUAAACCAGAUGUUUAAGAAGGCAGCUACCUCUCCAUCCCCUGCCCUCCAAACCAAACUUCAGGGAGAAAGUUACAGUCAGAUUUGCUGGCAACAUGGACUCAAGGAGAGAGAAAAAUGGGGUAAAUACCUACAAAAUCCCAAGUGAGGCUUUUCCAUAAACAAUAGAAAUUUCCAUUCCAGCUCUGCAAAGCAGAGACCACUAGUCCCAUUGAAGAAAUGCAAAGAACCAUAGUUCAAAAUGAGAUGACUUGCUUAAGUCCCCAGCAAAGCGCACAGCCAGAAAUAAAACCCCUGUCAAACCAACUCCAAAAUCUGUUCACUAAAGUCUAUACUGGUUGCAUUGCUUUGAAAAGCCCUCUCUCCAGUUCA